UCUCCUUAACUCGAGUAUACGAGUGCAGCAGUAGGUGCUUAAAGCUCCCUGCGUGUGUUGUGAUGCUAGUCGUGCUCAUGCUAAUAAGGCUCCUGCCAUCAGUUAGUCUUAUCUAAGACACCAGACACACACACGCCCCCCGCAGUGUGGCCACCAUGCAACGAUAUAUUGUCAAAAACAGACGAGACGAGCUUUGUGACGGCGGGAAAAUGUUUCUGUAUCUUCUGUUGCCUCAGCUAGUUUUCUGUAACAGCUCUGUGCCGCAGCAGCCAGGCAGCCCUUCUCGUUUUUUCCCACCUGUGUUCAACAUGUCUGUGGAUUGGGUCGGGUAUGGAUACGCAGCCCUCAUCGCAUCCGGGGGAGCCAUUGGCUAUGUGAAAGCAGGCAGUGUCCCCUCUCUCGCUGCCGGGCUUCUCUUCGGCGGCCUCGCAGGCUUCGGCGCCUACCAGAUCUCCAACGACCCCAAUAAUAUCUGGGUGUCCCUCGCUACAUCAGGAGCACUGACCGGCGUCAUGGGAAAGAGGUUCUACGGAUCCAGGAAGUUCAUGCCAGCAGGCUUGAUGGCUGGAGCAAGUCUCCUGAUGGUGGGAAAGCUCAGCCUGGCAUUGCUCCAGAAACCCCAGGAGUCAUAAUGGAGUGAAGACUGUGAAGUGAGCGCCCAUCUUCUGUUUCAGGAGCUUCUUGUCAACGUUCGUCAUUCACUGUUGAACAUUAAUCAAUGAUUUUGUAAAAAAAAAAAAAACUUGUAUAUUUAAGGAUGAAAUAUAGUACCUUGUUUAUAU